AUGAUACCCCGCCGCAUUAUCCUUGCUGCCCGUAGUUGUACAAGGUGUUGGGGGCAUCUAGCUCCGAGGACAGCCUUUAUCGUGCCCCGAAAGAGUGGUGUUAGGCGCUGCUUCUCCACUCCUGCUUGUGGCGGUGGUCCCUCGGUCAUGGAGGACCUACUGGCCAGGGUAGUUGCACCUUUACCCACAUACGAGACCCGAGACAAGGCGCCCCCUCCGCCCGAAUUAAACAGUCUGGAAUUUAUGAAUUUCUACAAAAGUCUGGAGAAGGAAGAUAAGCUAAAUUUACUCUCUAAACUUUCCCAAGACUUCGGAGUCGAUCACAAAGGUGCAUCAGAGCUUGCAGUGAAGCUUUUGGACACGCAACUUCGAGACUUGGCAACAAUUUUGCAAGUUGAAGACCGACUGCGUUACAGUCUGGUACCUCGUUACCGACAGCUCCUCAGCCAUAUAAGUAGAGUCGAAGGGGGAGUCAAGUUUUUGGUAGACCUUCGUUCAGAUUUGUUAGAAAUCAUUUCAUCCAAAGUUUGCGACACCGCACAAUUAAGGGAUCUAAAUGGCACUCUGAGGAGCCUGCUGUCAGAAUGGUUCUCAGUCGGUCUGUUAAAACUGGAAAGAAUCACCUGGGAGUCGCCCUGUGAUAUUCUGCAGAAGAUAAGCCAGUAUGAAGCCGUGCACCCUGUGAGGAACUGGACCGACCUGAAGCGCAGAGUGGGGCCGUAUCGCCGCUGUUACGCCUUCACGCACGCCGCCAUGCCCGGAGAACCGCUGGUGGUCCUUCACGUGGCCCUAACCGAGGAGAUUUCCAACAACAUCCAGGGGAUUGUCAGAGAGUUUGCCACGUUGGACGCAGAAGAGGAUGCGAAUAAAAUAAACGCGGCAGUCUUCUACUCCAUUUCCUCCACUCAGGCGGGUCUGCAAGGCGUCGAGUUGGGAAACUACCUCAUAAAGCGAGUGGUGCGCGAGCUGCAGAGCGAGUUUCCGCACAUGUCCCAGUUCUCCAGCCUGUCUCCCAUCCCGGGCUUUGCCUCAUGGCUGCAGGGUCUGCUCAGUCAGUGGCGCAAGGAGGGCCGCGGUCUGGAGCUGCUGUCGGAGCAGGAGUGGAGGACGCUGGAGGAGGCCACAGACUGCACACCGGGCACGGGGGCCAUCGACGCCCUGAGGAAGCUGAUCGGCACCAACGAGUGGACGCGCUCCGAAAGGCUCAGUCUGCUGCUGGAGCCGGUCCUGAUGCGGCUGUGUGCCUGGUACCUCUACGGGGAGAAGAGAAGAGGCUACGCUCUCAACCCCGUGGCUAACUUCCACCUUCAGAACGGAGCAGUGAUGUGGAGGCUGAACUGGAAUGCGGACACCAGCCCCAGAGGUGUGGCCAACUCCUGCGGCAUCAUGGUCAACUAUCGCUACUUUCUCAAUGAGACGUCCCAGAACAGUGCCCUCUACCUGCAGAACAAGCUUUGUAUGUAA